ACUGCACGCACGCACAGCUUUGAACAUAACGGCGGGGUGGACGAGCAUUUUGCAAAACAAUGACUAAAAAAUAAUCAAAGAAUCCGAUUAGAGCAUUUCACACGUUUAUGUACGACCGCUUGUGUAACUUUUAUUGGUUAUCAUGGAUAUGUGGAGAUCAGAAAGACUGAACGCGCCGGCGGACUUUAUGAAAGCUGCUGAAGCAGCAUCUGUCUGCAAUCCCACUCCUUCUCUGAUGACUCCUGCUCAGUUCACUGGUGGUCCUGUGGUCUGCCCCACAAGUUCACAGAACAAACCUGCACCUUUUAGAGCUACGCCCGCUUCAAAGUUCAGCGUGGAGGGUCCCGGCUGGACAGACACUGCUGAAGCAUGGCAUCUCAAACACCAUAAUGAGAAAAUAAUACAGCAGCGCUCUGACCACAGAUUGCCAGAAGAUGAGAGAUUCAGCUCAAGGCCUCCGCUGCAGGAGGUGGAAAGGUUAAAAGAAGACAGGGAGAUGAUGAGAGGCGAGAUGGAGCGUCUGAAAGGAAGAGUGGAGUGUUUGAGAGAGCAGAUCAGAGAUCAACAAAGCCAAAUAAAUAGACAAAGGAUAGAGCGUGAUGAGUUACAUGGUGAACUGAAGAGUUGCAAGACUGAACUCAGUAUGAGCCAAGACCAGCUUUUAACCCUAAAAGGGGAGUAUGAAGUAGAACAUCAGCGUCUGGAGAAAGAGUUACAGGACUCAAAGCAGGAGAUUGGGAAACUGCAACAAAAACUAGACACACAGAACAUGAUGACAGAUACUGUACAGGAAGUGACCUCACUGAUGACCCAAUUACAAGCAAUGACUUCAGAGAGAGAUGAGCUGAGAAAUCAGCUGAGUGUCCUGAACAGCUCAUUGCUGGAACAGUCAGAGAAUGUGCAGAAACUGCGCACAUACAUUGGCAGAAACAUCACAGAGAGAAAAGAGGAGGAAGAGCUUAGACGCCAGAUACAGCAUUUGGAGAAGGAAAAGGAAGCCGUCUCUCUAUCUGUCCAGCUGCUGAAUGUCAGAGUAAACGCAGCCAAUGAGAUUCUAGCCAUUCAGGAGAAAGAGCUAGGUGAACAGGUGCAGAUGGACCCGUUGUGCUCCGGCAGUAAAGCUGGGCAGAUGUUGAGUGUUUGGAGACAAAAGGUCUUCGUUCUGCUUGUUAAACUGCAAACCCGAGACUUACAACUCCACACAGAGAAAACACAGCUACAUGACAUGGUUUCCUCAUUGCAGCAGGAGGUAGAAUCGUUGCAAUCACAGAACAGUGUCCUUCAGCACCACAUAGAGGACAAAAGCGCCCGGUUAGAGUUACAGCAUGUACACGCACAGGGAAUACAGCAGCAGUUGGAGAGUGUUCUGCUGGAGAACAUUCAGCUGAAGGAGUGCAAUAAGAGCAGCGAGGCAUCACUGAAUGAUAUCAGUGAAACGGCACACAGGGUGAUGUCAGCCGUGGAAUUAAAGGCAGGUCAGAUGGAAGCAGUUCAGUCCAGUGUAAGUCAGCUGAACCACAGACUCGCCUUUGCUGCCAAGCGUCUGGACACAGUACAUGGGCUGCUGUUGAGAAAAGAAGCUCUGUGGAGAACCAAGCAAGCUACAAGAUGCCCAGAGCCUGCGGUGUCGGAGAGCUUUAUUAAUAGUCUCAAAGCUGAGGUGGUGAUGUUGAGCACAGAGAGGGACACGCUCACACAGGAACUCAAACGAACACCAGAGCUCAUUCAGGCCUCGCUUUCUGAGCUACAGCAGCAGCGAGACCGAGAUCUGAGCCACCUGAGGGAAGCUCUGUCACACAGCAGGGAGGAGCUGGAGGCAUCCGAAUCAAGCCGAAUGGAGACACUAAGGCACUGUGAAGAACAAGAGGGGACCAUUGCAGAGCUCCGCACUGAGGCCCAGAGACUCCAGCAGCAGUGUGACUCAGUUUUACAAAGGGUAUCAGAAGUUGAGAGUGUGUGUGCAGAGAAGCUCAAGGACGUGGAGGCUCAACUCAACACGGCGAGGAGAGAGCACACCAAAGCAGUGGUAGCUUUGAGGCAAGUUCAGAGGCAGGUGGAGAGAGAGAAAGAACAGAUGAAAGAAGCAGAGAGAGAGAGAACAGAACACACACACAGACAGAUCACACAUCUGCAGAAACAGCUGAAAGACAAGGACAAAGACUGCAACCUUCUCCUGGCAGUGGUUCAGGAGCAGGGUUUGAUGAAUGAAUAUAAAAGACUGAGAAGAUCUGCAAAACCCGGGACCCUGAAACAAACACAACCUUGCAAAUCUGAAAGUAAAAACCCGACACCUGAAAGUUUGCUGGGGGCUCUUCAAGCUCUUAGUGCCGCAGUGAUGGGCAGCUCAGAGGAAGAUGAUGAUGAGGAGGGUCAGGCCUUCACCGAGACACAAACACCCUCUUGUGCUGACAUGCAUAAAGAAUAGUGCUGAACACACCAAUCAAUUCCUCCUCACACACACUCGCUGUCUGUCCAGCUCCUCCCGUGGGCUUUCAUUCCUGUUUUAUAAUUUAAUAAAAAGAGCCUUUUGUCAAA